AGGUGUUUCAACCUGUGCUGCAGGUCAUAGCCGGGUGUUAGCAAUGGCGUCGUGGAGCCAGUUGGAGCCGACUGUUACAACCCUGGCCCUGCGGGGCAUCUCCAAAUUGCACACCUUGGACAACAUCUUGCAACUUUUAGAUUUUGCCUGUGCUAGUACUACGAGGAUGUACAACUUCGUCUACAUGCCCACUGGGAACCAAUCUCAUUCAGGUCUUGCGAUUGUGAAUUUCGUUGAUGAUGCCUCUUGCCGCCGGUGUUUCCUUCGACUGCAACAGAUGCAGGAAGAAGGCUCAGUGGCAGGUAUCAAAAGCAUAGGCCAGUCAUACAUUCAAGGCUUCGCCGAGAAUCUGGCAUACUAUGCCGUCGUAGCCAAGCAAGAUGAUCGCAUCACUGAGAAGCCAAUUGUAUUUGUGGACGGCAUGCCAGUGACAGAUGCCAUGCUGGACCAGCUCAUCAAACAUUUCGUCACCAAUGACUUGGCUGCCCGUGCAUCCCAGCGAGCAGAGGCGCUCUACAAGUCCAGGAAGAAGGACAAAUCUCUGAGCAGACGCCCACGAGAUUCGCCUUCGAUGCCUGGGCACCGUGAUUCGGAAGCUGUCCCGGAGGCCACAUCGAGGCAUCGCACAGACGUGCCGCUCGGCAGGCCCCCGACUGCGCAGGAGAUGUCCCGCAUUCGCCAGCUCUCCUUUGCCCUGCAAACAUCCGACUCUUCAGACGUGAUCCUCGUCUCGUUGUAGCCAAGUUAAGUUCCCAUGGCCAUCCCUUGGCUUGUCUUGCGCUAGUCGCAGGCUCUGACUGGUAAAGUCUGGUCGUUUUAUCCCCUUUGGCGGGUGGUGCUCAGGCCGUUCGGCCUGACUUUUAGAGAAGCGUUGCGAGGAAGGAAGCAGAGCCAAAAGCCUGUGCCUUUCGUGUGACCUUUCAAAUUAAAGUCGAGCUAUGGGCAAUCUUAAGGGACA